CGCGGCCGGAGCCCAGCGGCCGGCAACCAGCGAGCCCCCGCGGGGCCGCGUCCGUGUCCCUGAGCCGCUGGGCAGCUGCGAGCGCGUCACCCGCCGCCCCCGGGACCGCCAUGGCCUCGCAGAACACCGACCCCGCCGCCGUGCCCAGCGCAGCCGCCCGCAAAGGGGCCGAGGCCGGCGCUACCGUUGCUCGCGGCGCGGUGGGGAAGAGGCUGCAGCAGGAGCUGAUGGCGCUCAUGAUGUCUGGUGACAAAGGCAUUUCUGCCUUUCCCGAAUCUGAUAACCUCUUCAAGUGGAUUGGGACUAUCGAUGGCGCAGCUGGCACGGCCUAUGAGGAGCUGAGGUACAAGCUGUCGCUGGAGUUCCCCAGUGGGUACCCCUACACUGCACCCACCGUGCGCUUCCUGACCCCCUGCUACCACCCCAAUGUUGACACCCAGGGCAACAUCUGUCUCGACAUCCUUAAGGACAAGUGGUCAGCCCUGUACGAUGUCCGCACUAUCCUGCUCUCCAUCCAGAGCCUGCUGGCAGAGCCAAACAUUGAGAGUCCCCUGAAUACACACGCUGCAGAGCUCUGGAAAAACCAAACAGCCUACAAGAAGUAUGUGAGGGACACAUACUCCAAGCAGGCCAAGAGCCAGGAAACUUGACGCAUGCCGCCGCCUCCCCGCGCUGCCUCCCCCCGUGGCUCUGGAGCCUCUGUCCUCUCUGGCUGCUGCCCUCAGCUCUCUGUAUUAUAGGCUGUCUUAAAUUAAUUUUGCAUUCCGAACUACGGUUAAUGUAUAAAUAAAUGCAUGUUUAUGACUUUU